UCUUCCCCCUCCCUCAGCCGCAGUGGUUCCUCCCAGCAGCGGCAGCACCAGCAGAAGUUAGCCGCCGCUCCUCGCUCCUUCUUCGGCUGUCAACCACAGUCUCAGCCGUUAGCUAUCGCCAUGUUGUCACGGUCCCGGUGUGCUUACCGGGCGCUGGGCCGGUCCCUGUCAGCGGUGAGCCAGGCCAAUAAUGCGCUCCACAGACAAAGUGUAUCUGGCCUCUCUGUCAGCAGCCGGACAGUCUACAGGAGUCCUCAGACGUGUCAGUUUCCCUCACCAGUGACUGUCUUCCACAUCAGAUACUUCAGGACAUCAGCUGUUCACAGGGAUGAAGUUGUCACAGUCAAAACUCCUGCAUUCGCAGAAUCCGUUUCGGAGGGAGACGUGAGGUGGGAGAAAGCUGUGGGCGACUCAGUGACAGAAGAUGAGGUGGUGUGUGAAAUUGAGACGGACAAGACUUCUGUUCAAGUCCCGGCUCCGGCAGCUGGAGUGAUUGAGGAGCUGCUGGUUCCCGACGGAGGGAAGGUAGAAGGAGGAACGCCCCUCUUCAAACUCCGGAAAGGAGCCGCUCCUGCCAAAGCUGCCCCCUCCCCAGCUGCAGAGGCUGCAGUGCCUCCUCCUCCUCCACCUCCUCCAGCUUCAACCCCCACAGCCACGCCUAAAGUGCCCCCAGCGCCACCACAGGCUGCCCCAGCAAAACCUGUUUCUGCCGUCAAAGCUCCUCCAGCACCUCCAGCACCUGCUCCUCCAACAGCAGGAGCCAGAGGAGAAAACAGGGUGAAGAUGAACCGUAUGAGGUUGAGGAUCGCCCAGAGGCUGAAGGAGGCUCAGGAAACCUGCGCCAUGCUGACCACCUUCAACGAGGUCGAUAUGAGCAACAUUCAGGAGAUGAGGAAACUCUAUAAAGAUGCUUUCCUGAAGAAGCACAGCAUCAAACUGGGUUUCAUGUCUGCGUUUGCGAAGGCUGCAGCACACGCUCUGACCGACCAGCCUGCUGUCAAUGCUGUCAUCGAUGAUGCCACUAAAGAGAUCAUCUACAGGGAUUAUGUGGACAUUAGUGUCGCCGUGGCAACUCCAAAAGGGCUCGUUGUUCCAGUGAUCCGUAACGUUGAGACCAUGAACUUCACUGACAUUGAGAAAGCCAUUAACGCUCUGGGAGAAAAGGCUCGUAAAAAUGAGCUUGCUGUUGAAGAUAUGGACGGAGGCACUUUCACCAUCAGCAAUGGGGGCGUGUUCGGCUCCAUGUUUGGUACGCCCAUCAUCAACCCCCCCCAGUCCGCCAUCCUGGGAAUGCACGGAAUCUUUGAGCGACCUGUUGCUAUAAAUGGCCAGGUGGAGAUCCGGCCCAUGAUGUACGUGGCGCUGACGUAUGACCAUCGACUCGUCGACGGCAGAGAAGCCGUCACUUUCUUGCGCAAGAUCAAAUCCGUGGUGGAAGAUCCACGAGUGCUGCUUCUGGACAUGUGAUGUUUCUUCCACCACAUCGCUCAGCUGCAUAAAAUGAACUCCACAUCACAAAACACGCACAAAGCGCUCAACGCAACCACUGACAUCUUUUUAAGUGUUCAGUCUUAUUGAUAGAGAUUCAUUUGAAUUAUCCGCCCUCACUAAAAAACCAAACAGAAAGGCAGGAAGAUUACUCACCAUCUUUUGUCAGGAAUAGUUUUGCUCCAGUCACAUUUAGUCUUUGUAGAAGAAAACACAUCAGGGUGUGUUAUUACGCCCAUGUGCUCUUCAGAUGCUCAUAUAUAUCAGUAGAUAAACAUUAGCUGCGUCCCUGUCUUGGUUAAAACCAUUUCUUUCCCCCUCAGCCACAGUUGGCUGCAGGACUUUCUCCCCUGUUCAUCAGUCGAGCCACUUUUUCCACCGUCGGGCCGAACAUCAGAUGAGUUCAAGAUGUUUCAAUGUUAACACAGGACUGAAAGAUUUCCUUGGUUUGCUGCGAGUCCUCGUCAGUAGCUGCCGUCUGGAAAAAAGGGAUCGGGAAACUGGGUUUGUGUGUGGAACUUGUGUAUCAGCUCCAUACCUCGAAAUCCAUGUUGACUGUCUGACGAGUACGUGUCUAGAGGUGAAUGAGUUCAGUUAUAUUCCUGCUUCGCACACUUCAUUCAUGUUCUGCACUAUACUUUGUUGUUUUUAAACUUUUCUCACUGCCAUCGAAAUCUAAAAUGUUGAUCAAACUGUUGCUGAAUGAGAAUUCACUGUUCAUCUACAGGUAUCACAAACCAGACACUAUUCCUUUUUUUACAUAUACAAAUAUACGUUAUAUAUUAAUGGGCUUUUUGUUGGAGGGAGUUCGAAACGCACAAUUUGGUUGCAGGUUUUUAUUUUUAUGUUCUUGGGUCUUUCCCAGUGUUAUAAUUUCCAUAAAAACAUGUAUCUAUUUAAAGAAACCAUUUUAAACAUGAAACAUCUCAAGGGUUUUAUGUAAUAAAACUUGUCUUGCACAUUUCCUUCUC